AACCGGUGUGGAUACGAGUCGUAUAUAUAUGGAAUAAAACAACGCUAACAAUUGCCCACAAGCUUAAGCAGAACGAGCAAGGUAUGCCCAGUCAUCAGCUGUGUUCUUCGGUGUCCGUCCUGUUGAUUUUCAUCAAUCUCUAUCAGAACCAUCGAUAUCCACCGAGGCCUCGCCCUCAAUAACUGUGGGAAGGAACCUGCUGCAAUGGCCAGAACGAGGUUGUCCGUAAUUUUUUUAUGUUUCAGCAAAGUUGAAAUUCAGAAAGCGGCAUUUCUUCCUAAGCCUUUGGGGAAAGUAUAUCACGGCAAUUACUAUCAGGCCACGUAUUGGCCAUCUAAUCAGUUCGGAGAUUUUUGAUCUGGAUCACGCCGCCAUUGCUCGCUUGACCAUGACAAAUUUCCUAUUCACCGAUGAUUUUUUUUACCUCGCGCACGAAAAUCAAGGACAGAGAAGUACGUAUUCUCGCGCGGCCCUUCUUUAACCACGGAUUUCCCCAUAAAUACCAGACACUUGUGGGCCUGAUAACGUUCGACACUACCUGCCUCGUCCCAACCAUGCAAAUACAACUCUACGAUCAUGACGAGGACCUCACUAUGUCACUUGUUGGCCCUUCGAUGUCAGGCGAUUCAUCAAGUAUCACUGGCCACAACCGCCGCAACUUCGCACAGGGUCAAUGCUCAACACUGCAACCCAUUUCCACGUCCACUUCACAGGUCUUAGCCAUACCACCGCCACAAAUCACCACCAAUAUGCUUCCGACUCGUUACGACUUCUGGAAUAAUGUGUCGACCCAAUACCAUAAUCCGGUGUUAGGAGGUGCCAGUAUCGGACACUCUUCUUCUCCUGCAAUCGGGAGCGGCUACUUGGCUCCACGGACGUCCCAAAAGGUGUAUCCAAAUGACCCCUCUUCGCUUUCCUCGCAAUAUACUAUAACUAAUAAUCCGCCUUUCGUCUUUGACCCUAAUAUGCCCAACUCCACUUUUUCGCCGUACAAUAUCUCACCACAUCAAUGGCAGACUCAUGCCGCCCCUCAGCCAGGACCUCUAAGCCUGUCGCUUACGCCCAUGAUACUUCCGCUACAGGCUGCAGAAUUUACAUUUGUGAUGCAGCCCCAUGCAAAUUAUGGCGAACAAAUAGACCACCCUUUAAACCAGCCAACACUCAAUCAGCCCUUUCCGUUCGCGCCGCAUAGUCAUCCUUCGUCGUCCCUCGUGUCCUGCCAAUGGACAAAUGACGCCGCUAUACACUGCGAAUUUAUAGGGACACUGGAGGCACUAAAGUCGCAUUGUAAGAUCGUCCAUCUUUUUGGACCAAGCAUCACGCAGAUAGAAUGCCACUGGGAGGGUUGCGACUACCACAGCCGCGAUGACCCCACGGUUCGCGUCAUGCGGCGCGACUGCAUUUGGCGUCACAUCCGUGAGGUACAUUUGAGGCUGAAGAGGGGUAGGAUCUAGGCUAUUUCGCAUUCCCCCAACUCCCGCCACGCCAUGCUAUCUUGUUCAACGAAUGCGUUAUCCUUCACUCGUUAUUCAAGUUUGCUCUUACCAUCCAUCAAAAAUGGUGGUCUUACUGCUUUAUCCUUCACUCGCUCUUUGCUCUUGCUAUUCACCAAAAAUCCUGAUCGCACUACUUUGCAUUUCUCCAGCUUGAAUUCCGGCCAUACCACUCCAUCUUAUUCAAUGCGAGACGUUGCGCACAUAAAAUGACUUGUGUGUUGAUGUAAUGCCAAAAGUCUCUGAUUUUCAAAGAAAUAUUCACGUAUAUGGAACCAACGCCCCGUGAAUGUACAGGAUGUACGCUACUGACCAUCAAAUAACGAUCUGCCGAGCCA